CCCCCCCAGCUCUCCCAGCCUGGCUCCAUCCCUGAGUUAAUCCCAACCCUGGAGAACCUCCCCUAUUUGAAGGUGAGGUCUGAAGUGAUUAGAGGGGGAUCCAGGAAAUCCUAAUGCCACGUUCCAUUUUCCAGUCAGCUGGGCCUCAGGGAGUUCCCAGUGGAGAAGAGGUGGAAGGGAAUCUAUGACCAGUUCCUGGAAUUCCUCCAGUCUGGCUGCAAGGAAGAAAUGGAGGAGUCUUUCACAGGGUUCCACAUCCAAACCAGCAAGGAGCUGAGGAAAUCUCAGGAAUAUCUCUUCUGCCAAAGGGGGACUGAGGACAUAUCCUGGAAAAUUGAAGAUAUCCUUGAAGAGCUUGUCCAGCACCAGGAUCUGGAGUCAAUACAAAGUUAUUUAGAGAAGGCAUUGAAGUCCUCCCUGCACCCUCUGGGCAAGCUGCUGAAGGCCCUGACAGUGGCUUUCCAGGCAACAUAUUCCGGGAUUGGGGCCAACAGGCACCUGCUGACCAUGGCACAGGAGGAGGUCAAGUACUAUGCCAAGAAAAUUUGGGAAUUCUACCGGUGA